CAGGAUGUCUCAGGUACAGCGCGUGCACAGCCAGGCUGGGACGGUGCAGCGGGCUGGAGGCCUGUUGGUGGCUCACCAGGCAGCCAGAAACUCUCGGGCUCUUUCCUUCCGUGCCCCGCAGUUCCUCCUGGACCCAUGCCCAGCCCUGAUUCGUUGGACAGAGCUUUGUGAGCGGGAUUUUCCGUUUGGGGAUUUCUAACUCUGCUGCCCACCCCGCAACUGCCGGAAAGUUGCCCAUGGGGUGGACUUCGCUGUGUAGCGGGAGAGGAGUGGGAGUCGAGGGUGCUCGAUGGAAAGAUGGGGGAAGGGGUUGCACGGAUUGGAGGAGCGAGGAGACUCAGUCCCCAUCCCGAAGCACAGGGCGGGACGUCGCGGCGGAGUGGGGAAGCGAGGAGGCCGUGGACGGGAGCUUGGAGGCUGAGUUUGAGAAAGCUGCAGAGGAGGUUAAGCGCCUUAAGACCAAGCCAGCCGAUGAUGAGAUGCUGUUCAUCUAUGGCCGCUACAAACAAGCAACCGUGGGCGACAUAAAUACAGAACGGCCCGGGAUGUUGGACUUCACGGGCAAGGCCAAGUGGGAUGCCUGGAAUGAGCUGAAAGGGACUACCAAGGAAGAUGCCAUGAAAGCUUACAUCGACAAAGUAGAAGAGCUAAAGAAAAAAUACGGGAUAUGAGUGACUGGAUUUGGUUACUAGGCCAUGUGUUUCUCCUAAACUGAGACAAUGCCUUGUUUUUUCUAAUACCAUGGAUGGUGGGAAUUCCGGAAAAUAACCAGUUAGCCCAGCUACUCAAGGCUGCUCACCAUACGGCUCUAACAGAUUAGAGGCUAAAACGAUUACUGACCUUCCUUGAGUAGUUUUUAUCUGAGAUCAAUUAAAAGUGUAUUUGUUACUUUAAAUAA